GCCGAUGGAGGAGAAUGAGAUGCAUGCUCACGAUGGGCAGAGAUCCAGACACUCUGUGCUAAAUUUUUACUCGACCCCAGCACUGCAGAUGUCUGGAUUGCCCGGGCCACCCGAAUCGCGGCGCGUGCAUUUCGCUAUGGCAAUGGCGCAGCAAACAAUAGGGCCCCAUGCCAGGACCCAAGCCGUGCUUAACAGCUUACGUGCAAGCUCAUCCGGCUCCAGAUAAAAAAUCGACUCGAGUGAGCCCCAUCGAGGACUGCGAAAGUCGCCCAAGACGAGGGCGCACACGCCAGCGCCCGCCGCGUCGGACGAUGACGCAACCCAGCACCCUGAUCGGCCUUACUCGCGUGCCGUGCCUGGGCCUCGGCCGAAGCGCGCAGCGCAGCGAGCACACCUGGCCAACAUUCCUUCCGAGCCCCGCCCCGGGCCGGCACGCGCGGCGGCACGGAGAGCCCAGCCCGACCUCAAAGACUGACGCGCACACUGCUGCUCCACAUCGCCUUGCGCCUGACGGCGUGCUGCUCACGCAGUCCUCGGCCGCUCCCCUGGAUCGCCUCGCCUCGCGCAGCGGAGCCGCGCGAGGCGCGAGGGGCGGCUCAGUCUCUCCGUGCCUGUGCGCCGCCCCCCGGAGAAGGCCAGCUCCGCAGCCCUGGCCACGACGUGCGAAGCGCUGUUGUCUUCGCGCCCCUUUGGGUGAUCUGGUUCUCGCAAGUGGAAGAUUGGAGCAUAACCCGCGAGCGCCCGACCGUUUGGCACGAGGUCGCACACCCUUGCUGGCUCAACUCUGGGCCAACGCACCUGCAUCACCCCGCCGUCUGCGAGAAUGGGGCGGCGAGAGAGAGGAAGAGACGAAGCGUUGCUUCGACCAGCGCCAACGCCCAGCAAGAGUCGAAACGCGAGAAAAGCACAGUUACGGUAUGGCACGGCCUACACACCGGCUCUUGGUGAGAGCGGCCCCGCAGACGGAGGGGCGGCAACUCAGACUGGUGAAACAUCUUGGUCCAACACUUCUGCGGGGAGAACUGGGCGGUGUGAAAGGAAUAUGGAAAAGUGAAGGUCAAAGGAGUUGGACGUCGCAUAACGGGGGGAGCAGGCCCAGCCCGGAAGGCCGCCCAGCAGAUCUCCCGGGGCACGUGCCCCGCAGGGACCAUCACCACCCGCAGCCAGCAAGCCCUCCGCUGGCGCUCACCGCCACGCCGCCCAGUCCCAGUGGCAGGCCGCCACCCCGCAGCGCGGCCUCGGCGGCGCGCAGCGCCGCCUGCAGCUGGGCCUCCUGCUCGAGGCCGAGCACGCAAUUCAGGUUCCUCCCCGUGAGGAAGGGGUCCUCCACGUGCAGGCGGUGAUCCGCGGCAUUCGGCAACAGGGUGAACUCUGGGCCGCCAGCCCUGCACCGCCGGACGAGCCGCACCGAGACGACCUCCCUGCCCCACUCGAACUCCCGCGCGUAGAAUGCGAAAAACUGCCGCAGCGCCCCGGGCAGCGGGGCCCGGCACUCCCAGCGCGGAGCGGGCGGCAUGUGCCCGAAGCCGUCGAAGAGCUGCGUGGAGAGCAGGGGCAGCCCGAAGUCGGGGUGGACCUGCAGGAAGUAGAUCGCCAUCAGCACCAACGCGUAGGAGGUCAGGUUGCGGUUCUGCGCCCCGCAGACGCCCGCGGCCUUGGACCAGAGCUUCACCAGCAGCGCCAGGCCCCGCACCAGCGGGCUGACCUGCGCGUAGGCGCGGAGCAGCUGCGAGUUCCGCAGCGGCUCCGUGUUGUGGCAGGAGAGGUCCACGUCCACGGCGCCAUCGAAGCGCAGGCUCAGCACCGGGAUCCUGGCCCCGGGGACGAGCCUGACGACCUCGAACCUCGGGCUCUGCGACAGCAGCGGCAGCACACUGCCCUGCAGGACCCGCACCGCCGCGGCGGAGUCGCCCUCGUCCUGGCCGUCCGACCUGUAGAUGGUGGCGUCGACGUCCGACCCGCGGGCGAGGAGCAGGUUCCUCACGCUCCCGAAUGGCGAUAGGCGCCAGACCCGCCCCAGCGGCGCGUGGGAGCGCGCCAGCUCGCUGAGGCACGCCCACAGGUUCUGAGCCUCCGGCACGGUCGGCACGGCUCGCGCGAGGACGAACUCUGCCCAGGGUGGCAAAGUCGGGCGCCUCGUACUGCUCGCUGUCCGUGGUGGUAGCACUCGCGCCCGACGAUCUCUGCCCUGCGGCCUUGUCUACAGCAUCGUACCGGGCGGAUGGCCACUCUCUGAGACCCACGCCGCCGACCUUACGGGCUGCCGCGACGGGAACAAAGGCCAUCCUACCGAUGCUCCGCCCCUCUCUGAUCAGCUAGCUGUACUCUCACUGGCCAGAAAAAACUCCCGAGCCCCGUCGACGGACUCGGCAGCGAAGAUACCUUGCGAGUGCUUGCUCGGCCCGCACGGGCUCUCCAACACAGCAUCGAUCUUGAGCAGAUGUGGCAACCAGCGGAUCGAGCACGCACAGUCUGGAAGCACAACGACGCGCGCUCGAACGAAGCAGCUGCAGCGGAAAGGGGGAAAAGGGCGGAAGGCAGGAGGGCGCCAAUCAUAUCCACCGACACCGAUGUCGGCGAAUCAUUGGCUCAGGAUCGCUGUAAGCACACGCGCUCCUGCAGGCCUGACCACGAGGGAACGCACACCGACACUAGGUCAAGAGCUUCCCCUGGCCAACACCAGUUUGGGUGGUUGUUAGCUCGCGCCCGCUUUGAACACACAAGACAGAACGUUGCAUCUGCCCGAGCGCGCGAUUCAUCGAUGGUCUCCUGGUGGACGUGGAGAAUGCGACGACCAGCGCCGAGAUGGUUCCGAAGAGACAGACGAUGAAAGCAUAAAAAAAGGGCUUGAGACGGAAAGAAACAGAACUCCGCGCGUCGGCAGCCCCUACUUCACACCACGGCCCGCCACCUCGCGAGCACGAACAACUCACAGUACACAACAUGCGGGCACAGAUGCGAGUCCUCAAGCCUGACCUCCACCGGUGGGCGCACUCGGAAACGCAUCAUUGCUCGGGUCGCGCACUCACACAUACGGACUUGCUGGCUGGGGGGGGCGCGGCCUGCGCGGCACCUGAGGCGGCGACCAAUGGCAACAGAUACAAGCACACAGUGCUUCCCUGCGUCGGCCACAGCUGCAACAGAUCACGAACGAACGCGCAAUUGAUUUAUCAGUCGGCGCGCUGCAGAUGUCAAGGGUCAAAGGUGCCCGGUUCACCCGGAUCGCGGCACAAGUGCACUUCGCCAUUGCGAUGGCGCAGGAGACCAGAGGGGUCCAUUCAGGACCCAGUGUCAUGCUUAACACCUCGCGUGAAAGCCCGUGUGGCUCCGAACAAAUCUGCAUGCGUGAGCCCCUGGAAGGCUGCGAACGCCGCCCGAAGCGAGGGCGCGCACGCCAGCCGCCCGCCGCACGCAUCCCCGCGACCUGAUCGGCAGCAGGCGCCUGCCGUGCCCAGGCCCCAGGCGCGCCAACCGAAGCGCGUAGCGCAGCAAAAACGUCUCGCCAAUAUUUUAAAACGUGCGUGCCAACCAAAGCGGCAGGCCCUCGCCUGCCCUGGGAUACGGCAGGGCCUGGCGCGGGCUGCGCGCGGCGCACGCAAGCCCAGCCCGACCUCUCGAGACAUGCACGCACGCUGCUGAGUCCUUAUCCCGCAAAUGGAUAACGAAGGAGGAGUCGAUGCCGACAGGCGUCCCCGAAAAAAGUCUUUGCCUCAGGAGACUCCAGCCUGCCUCGUCGUCCUCCCCCUCGGGCCUAGAGCGGGCCCAGCCCGGAAGGCCGCCGAGCCCCGCGCGGACCAUCACCACCCGCAGCCAGCAAGCCCUCCGCCGGCGCUCACCGCCACGCCGCCCAGGCCCAGUGGCAGGCCGCCACCCCGCAGCGCGGCCUCGGCGGCGCGCAGCGCGGCCUGCAGCUGGGCCUCCUGCUCGAGGCCCAGCACGCAGUUCAGGUUCCUGCGCGUGAGGAAGGGGUCCUCCACGUGCAGGCGGUGAUCCGCGGCAUUCGGCAACAGGGUGAACUCUGGGCCGCCAGCCCUGCACCGCCGACCGAGCCGCACCGAGACGACCUCCCUGCCCCACUCGAACUCCCGCGCGUAGAACGCGAAAAACUGCCGCAGCGCCCCGGGCAGCGGGGCCCGGCACUCCCAGCGCGGAGCGGGCGGCAGGCGCCCGAAGCCGUCGAAGAGCUGCGUGGAGAGCAGGGGCAGCCCGAAGUCGGGGUGGACCUGCAGGAAAUAGAUCGCCAUCAGCACCAACGCGUAGGAGGUCAGGUUGCGGUUCUGCGCCCCGCAGACGCCCGCGGCCUUGGACCAGAGCUUCACCAGCAGCGCCAGGCCCCGCACCAGCGGGCUGACCUGCGCGUAGGCGCGGAGCAGCUGCGAGUUCCGCAGCGGCUCCGUGUUGUGGCAGGAGAGGUCCACGUCCACGGCGCCAUCGAAGCGCAGGCUCAGGACCGGGAUCCUGGCCCCGGGGACGAGCCUGACGACCUCGAACCUCGAGCUCUGCGACAAUAGCGGCAGCACACUGCCCUGCAGGACCCGCACCGCCGCGGCGGAGUCGCCCUCGUCCUGGCCGUCCGACCUGUAGAUGGUGGCGUCGACGUCCGACCCGCGGGUGAGGAGCAGAUUCCUCACGCUCCCGAAUGGCGAUAGGCGCCAGACCCGCCCCAGCGGCGCGAGGGAGCGCGCCAGCUCGCUGAGGCACGCCCACAGGUGCUGGACCUCGGGCACGGUCGGCACGGCUCUCGCGAGGACGAGCUCCAAGUGGCCGCGCAGGGCGGCAAAGUCGGGCUCCUCGUGCUGCUCGCUGUCCGUGGUGGUAGCACUCGCGUCCGCCGGCUCCUGCUGCGCGGCCUUGUCCAAGGUGGCGCGCCAGGCGGAUGGCCACUCUUGGAGACCCACGCCGCCGACCUCACGGGCUGCCGCGACGGGGAUAACGGUCAUCCCUGAGCUGCCCCGACCUCCUCUGGACAGCUAGCUGUACUUCCACUGGCCAGAAGAGCUCCCGAGCCGCCUCGACGGACUCGGCAGCGAAGAUAGCUUGCGUUUGCUGGGUCCGCCCGUGCGGGCUUUCCAGCAGGCGGCAUAGCUUUCGAGCCCAUGCGGCAACCAGCAGAUCGAGCACACAUAGUCUGGAAGAACGACGACGCGCGAUCGACCGAAGCAUGUGCA